GCAGUCUUUCCUUUGCAACUGUCAGAGUGUGUCCGACAAUAACAGUGUUUUGCAACUGCUGAGCAGAGUGUCCUAAGCAAAAGAGCAGCGAUCUGCACAUCCUGUCAGAAGGAAGAGCACUGAACCCAGAGCUACAGAGUUCAGCUGACAAGGAGAUAAGACUGGAGACAUCCAAGACACAAUGUCAGACUCUCUGGUUGUGUGUGAUAUGGACCCGGAGCUGAAGGAGAAACUGAAGAAGUUCCGGUUCCGGAAAGAGACAAACAACGCAGCUAUAAUUAUGAAAGUUGACAAAGACAAACAACUGGUAGUGCUGGAAGAAGAAUUUCAGGAUAUCUCUCCGGAGGAGCUGAGAACCGAACUACCAGAACGCCAGCCUCGAUUUGUAGUUUACAGCUAUAAAUACGUCCACAAUGACGGUCGAAUCUCUUAUCCUCUGUGCUUCAUCUUCUCCAGCCCAGUAGGUUGCAAGCCGGAGCAGCAGAUGAUGUAUGCUGGGAGCAAAAAACGGCUGGUAGAGGCAGCUGAGCUCACUAAGGUCUUUGAGAUUCGGUCCACAGAUGAUCUGACAGAGCAGUGGCUGAAAGAGCGCCUGGCCUUUUUCGACUGAUUGCUAGGAUAAUCCUGGACUUUCACUUGACUCCCCACCCACAGCAAGUCCUGCAAUUUUAUCUCCCUCCUUCACCCUAGAGAUACCACUGCAUGGUGGGUGUAUGUGGCAUACAGGGAAAUGUAACACACAUACUGUCUCCAUGACCAGCACCACAAACUUUUCCCCUGAGAAUGAAAAUGAAAUAAAACAACUGGAUCUAGUUGUUCUUUUCCUACUGCAUUGUGUUGAGUCCACGGUCUUGUGAGCUUCUAGGUAGGGGCAUCUGGUUUGUCACUCUUGGGGCUCCUCCAGACAAUCUGCUCAUUGAGCAUUCAUCCCGAUUCACUUUCACAAAGCUUAUGCAGAGGUUAGAAAAUGUCUGGUCUUUACUGAGCAUUUGUUGUGAUUUCUUUGUGAGAAGAUUAUAAGAUAAUGAACAUUUUAUAGAAUCAUAAAUAGAAUCAUAGAAUCGCAAGGGGCCUAUAAGGCCAUCGAGUCCAACCCCCUGCUCGAUGCAGAAAUCCAAAUUAAAGAAUAUCUGACAGGUGGCUGUCCAGCUGCCUCUUGAAUGUCCUCCAGUGUUGGAGAGCCCACCACCUCCCUGUGUCAUUGGUUUCAUUGUUAUACUAACAGUUAGGAAGUUUUUCUUGAUGUUCAGUCAAAAUCUGCAACUUGAGCCCAUUAUUUAAUGUCCUGUCCUCUGUUAUAAUCAAGGAGAGAUCCUGGCCCUCCUCUGUGUGGCAACCUUUCAAGUACUUGAACAGUGCUAUCAUAUCUCCCCUCUUCUCAAGGCUAAACAAGCCCAGUUCUUUCCUCAUAGGGCUUUGUUUCCAGUCCCCUGAUCAUCCUCGUUGCCCUCUUCUGAACCUGUUCUAGUUUGUCUGCAUCCUUCUUAGUGCAGUGUCCAGAACAGGAUGUAGUACUCAACAUGAGGCCUAACCUGUGCCAAAUAGAUGGGAACCAAUACUUCACGUGGUUUGGAAACUAUGCUUCUGUUAAUGCAACCAUCCCAUGAUCCUUCUAUCAUGUAGUAUUGCUGAGCCAAGUAUCCCCCAUCUUAUAACUGUGCAUUUGGUUUCCCCUUCCCUAGGUGUACAACUCUGCACUUAUCUCUGUUAAAUUUCAUUCUGUUGUUUUCAGUCCAAUGCUCCAGUCUAUCAAGAUCCCUUUGAAUUUUGUUUCUGUCUUCCAAAGUAUUAGCUAU